AUGUCAGAUCCAGGGGGACAUUUCAAGACGCUCUGGACAGUCUUUGCUCGGCUGGAGGUCCUGGAGCUGGAAUCGACCGAGUUCGACCUGUCGAUGCCGCAAAGACGUAUCAACGGAGCAGAUGCGACUGCUAAGCGGCUUCCAAGACUGCAGGAGCUCAGUCUUCGCGGAAUAAAUACUCACCCCAGACGACAGCUCGAAUUACUGAUCCGCCAAUGCCCUGUCCUCCGGACCCUCUACUGGAGGUUUCACAAGUCAUUGGUACUUGAUACAAACCACCGUGAACUCUUACAGUCAUCCCCGCGGCCUCUGCGUCGGCUCGAAGUCGAGCACUAUACAGUCUCACUUGAGACGUUCGAUGUGCUAAGGACGCGACACUUUGCGACACUGGAAUUCGUUGACCUUCUAUAUUCCACUGAACGCCACGAGAGGUGGGCGAUCGAGGUCCUCAACUUCUGUCCGGGACUGAAGAAGACCACUGCAAGGAUUAUUACUGCACAGGAUAUCUUGAACUCGAGGCCGUGGGCCUGCAAGGGUCUGCAAAAAUGGCAGAUCUGUAUUGAUAUGGAAUUUCGGGAUAACGGACCCUUUCGACGAUUCACGGUGGAGGAGCUGCAGCUGUGCCGAGCAGUGUACAAAAGACUAGCGAUAUUCAAACAGUUGCAGGUGCUGGAUAUGCUGGCUACAUUUUACCAGGCGUGUACGUCCUAUGACUCUGGGAGCCCUCGGCGCUUACGACACCUUCUGGUGCCGCUUCCGAUGCGGUUGAGAGCAGGUCUGGAUCUGUUGGCGGGGUUGACGAACCUGAAGGAGGUCGGCUUCUGGGGUGGCAGAUAUGAGGUGUGCAUGAAGGAACUGGUCUGGAUGGUAGAGCGCUGGAAGCGACUGAAGAGGCUUGGUGGUGGAUGCCUUCUAGCCAUUUAUGAAGAUUCAUACGACAAAUAUCUUCUUUCGCGUAAGCUGUCUGAAUGGCUGAAUCAACGCGGGAUCACGACCGACAAAUCGUAUCAUCUGCUCAUAUUGGCGGAGGAACCUGGUUACGACGGUUUUGAAGACUGUUGCGGGUUCAGCGGCGACGAGGACGAGCCUGGUGAAGAUCUAGGACAACUAUGA